AUGACAGACAUAACGUCAGACUUCAGCAUAUGUCUGAAGGAGAAGGGCGCUCAGCCUAUCCUCAAGAAGGCAUACGAUUUGAACGCCAUCAACACUUUCCUUCAAGAAGCCUACAGCAUAAAUGCCCGCAUCACCGAACUCACUCGCGAACUCCGCUCCAUACGCCCCUCAUACCUCUCCACCACUCAACCCUCCCGCCGCCGCCAACUCGACUCCUCCACUCAUGACCGAGCACGACCUCUAACCGACAACGAACGAGACGCCAUAGACGCCCACUCUAAAACCCUACUCCGCCAACUCAACCACGCCAUCACCGGCCUCAAACAAGCCGAAGAUGUUCGGAACCAGACUGCCGAUUCAGUCGCUCUCUCGAAACGCGCCAAGGGAGGCCUAGGAGGCCUAUCAAGAUGGGCAGCCGGCGGUGCAAUAACAGCAAAGUCACCAGAGGAGGAGAUGGAAGAUGCUGCGAGGAAGACCGUGAGCGCUGUGAGGGAGAGCAUUAUCCUUUACCUGCAGCAGAAGUUAGAAGAGGCAGGAAGGGUGCAGAGCGAGAUGAUGGAUGUGAGGUUGAGGAGGGAGGUGGAGAAGUCGAAGAGUAUAUUGGCGAAGAGUGCGGCGAGCGGUACGAUUCCCUACGUAAAAGACGAGGGUACAGGGUCAGGCAGUGCAGGGAACCACAAUCGUCCGAACGGGUCGAAGGGAUCAUGGGAUGAAGCGCAAGAAGACGGAAUGCGGCAACAGCUUACGCAGGAGCAGCUCCAAGUCUUUGCUGAGGAAAACAAUGAGCUGUUGAAGCAUUACGAGGAUCAGCUGGACCAGGUCAGGACGGCGGAGAAGAGCAUUCUCGAAAUCAGCGAGCUGCAUAGUACGCUACAUGCGAACUUGCAGCAGCAGAGCGAGCAUAUCGAUCAACUGGUCCAGGAUUCAUACCUUACGACUGAGAAUGUGGGCCGAGGCAACAAGGAGCUCAAGAAAGCGAGUGAACGGCGAAGUACCGCACAGAUGCUAUUCUGGUCGACCGCUGGAUUUUGCACAUUUCUCGUGGCUUGGGACUUCUUUAUUUGA